AUGCAACAGCUGGUACAAAGCGUGGUGGACGGAUGUUCUUUUGCCAAAGGUCAUCCCAGUCUCUCCGAUGUACACUUCCUCACAGCUUUUGCAUGCACGAGACUGGUGCUGCCGUGCAGAUCGUGGUGUGUGGAGGUUCAGCAGGUGUGCGGAGGACAGGUCCCGGGGCUGGAGAAGACGUUCAGCGCCUGUAACCUGUUUCACAGCAGCCAGUGUUACAGCAAGGCAACUCCCGAAGGAAGAGAUUGCUUCUAUGGCAACGGUGAGAACUACCGGGGAAAGAGAAGUAUCGGCGAGUCGGGAGAGCGCUGUGAACCCUGGUCUGACGCGGCCAGGCUGGUCGCCCCGUCUCUGCUUGAAGAGCAAUAUAACUGGGCAAACCUACAAGAUUCAUACUGCCGAAACCCAUACUCAAGUCCUGAGCCCUGGUGCUAUGUGAAGGAUUCUGGAGGCUCCCUUGUGCCUGAUACCUGCUCUGUGGAUCCAUGCGAAGGUGCCUGUGAAAGCCCCGUGAACCCGAAGAACGGACGUCGUGUUCCCGUGAAAGGUUCCUACCGGGCGGGAGACCGGGUGUCGUUCCGGUGUAACGAGGGUUACCGGGUAACCUCCGGGGAGCAGGACGCCUACUGCCUGCAGAACGGAACCUGGUCCAGCCCUCCACCGGAAUGUCAAACUGACGGACGCCUGCGACUUAUAGAAGAACUGUUUAACGAGAACUACUACAACCCGGCGUUUCCUCCUGACUCCGGAACUGUCAACAUCUUUUUCCACGCAGCCCUGGUGAAUGUCCUAGAAUUGAACGUGCGUGCUAAACAGAUUCUGUCGUCGGUGGUGUUCAGACUGAUAUGGGACGACAGACGCCUCCAAUGGCAUAACUCGAGAUACUCAGACGUUGAUGAGAUCCGUGUGUCCGAUGACAAGCUGUGGAGACCCGCCCUCGCUCUGGCGAAUAACGCUGAUCCAGAGUUUGAGGGUUUCAAGUCAUCUACUGGAGCGCGAGUGUUUCGGAACGGGGAGGUGGUGUGGGACAUCUCUCAGAUAUUCAAGACCACAUGUAGCUACAAUGCACGAAACUUCCCCUUUGAUAACAUUGAGUGCAGCGCGUGCAUUGCCGAUGAGGGACAGCGGGGGAACGAGGUGUUGAAGUGUUUGGAGAGAGGCCAGCGUCAGGUCCACUCGUCUAGGGUCAACCUGGCGUACUGUGACAUGGAGACCUCCAUACGGGUAGACGAGUGGAACACCGAGUGGGAGAUUGAAGAAGAAGAAGAAGGAAACUUCACAUUGGCUUGCAUCAAACUGCACAUGCGCCGUGACCCGACCUACCACAUGUGUACGGCCAUCGCCCCGAGCACGUUUCUAGUCCUGCUGAUGGGCGUGACCUUUCUGCUGCCCCUGGACACGGGAGAGCGCCUCGGCUACGCUAUGACCAUUUUCCUGUCCAUGAUAGUGACGCUGGUCUUCAUCACGGAAAUUGUACCUGCAGAAGAGUCUCUGCCAGUAAUAGCGGUGGUUGUUCUGAUCUACAUCUGCAUGAUGGUCCUGUGGAUGCUCUUUGCCCUAAUUACCAUCAGUUUGAGUCAAAAGGAAGGCACCUUGCCACGCUGGGCGAGAGCAUUGUUCCUGCGGCACUUGGCCAGGUUACUGCUCCUGGGUGACCUGAGCAACAUCAAGAGUGAUGACGUGGAGCCAGAAAGUAUCUCCGUCGACUCAACAGACAAGUCUAAGCAGCACAACGCCAUGGCCAAGGAAGUGGUCUACUAUUUCCACGACAAACCAGCAGAAAGAGAGAAGCUACAACUUCUUCACGCCAUCAAGCAGCUUCUGACUGAACUGCAGGCGAGUGUGAAGUCGCUACGCCAGAAGGAAAAGAAGAUGCCGAUAAAGAGGAGCCGGAGACAGAUUAUUACAAUCUAGCUCAUGUUGUAGACAGGGUCUGCUUUGUGACGUACAUUGUUGGGCUCGUUAUUAUCAUUCCUCUUACCUUUGUUUUCACACCUUAGAGUAAAUGUAAAAUUAAGCCAGGACUCAAAAUACAUUUUUUCUGCAUUCCUGUACUAGUUCAGGUAACAUAGAA